UAAAUCUAACAGCGGAUAUAAAAGAUCAAAUUUUAGUCGUAGUUAUAUUUUGGAAAUAUCUUAGACGAUAUGGGUUGUGAGAUACUUAUUCCACAGACACCACAAUUUGGACGUCCAAGAACAGGAGCAAAACACAGAGAAUACUCAUCCUUCCUGACAAGAAAACAAUCAUUCAACUGUUCUCAGAUAUUAACUGGGCAAAGUGUGCAUAACUUAGCGUCAGUAGGAUUCUUUUAUGCAGGUUACAAGGAUUACGUAAGAUGCUUUACUUGUGGAGUUUUGAUAAAGAACUGGCAACAGGGACAAGACCCUUUAACGGAACAUAGUCGAAGAUCACCUGGUUGUAGCUUCCUUCUACACCCAAGAGUUCACGAGCAUCAAGUUGAAAGAACAAACGAAUCUACUUCAAAUGAGGAAAUAGAAAGACUUUCAGAUGACAUCCAAGCAAGGCUUAACAUACGGUAUGACAAUGUUGCUAUUCAAAGAGCCUAUGAGUCAUGUCUUGCAACAAACAGCGGUUUAAGGUUAGUUGAUAUCAAUCAACUCACAAAUAGACUUCUAGACUUGACAGUUGUUGAAAAUCAGAUAACAGAAGAGACAACACAACAUAGGCAAGGUGGCGCUGUACUAGACCAAUUUCUGCAAGAAAGAACUCCCAGUUACAUUCAGCGUAUUGAACAAGAAGUUCACCAGCUUAGAGAAACGUUGAUGUGUAAGAUAUGUAUGGAUAACUCAGCGAAUGUUGUGAUCAUGCCAUGUGGACAUUUCACAUCAUGUUUGCAAUGCUCUUCUGCACUGACAAAUUGUCCUCAAUGUAGAGUCGGCAUUUCAUCAAGAAUUAAAGUUUUCCUCUGAACACAUAUCCGAUGCAAACUAGUUGAAGUAAAUCUUCGAAAUGAACUUUAUCGUACAUUGGAAACCUACGAUUCAAAGUCAGUUUCAGUCAAUAGGCAGCUACAAGCAGAUAGUUCACAGUACAAGUGUUGUGAUAAUUUGCAUUAGUUAUGAAACAUUUCUUUGGUUAAUCUUAUAUUACUUUUAUGUACCCACAUUGACAAAUGAAAUAUUGUUUAGUGAAGUUUUUCAUUAUGAAACCAAUAUAACAUGCUUCAUUGAAACAAUGUAUCAGUUAGUUAUCAUUUUGUUAUGUACAUAGUUAUGUAGAGCAGAGGUCACUGAAGUAUCACAUGACCAUGAGCAAGGAGUUUUUUCAUGAUACUCAAUAAUAUCUAUAUAUAAAUAUAAUUAUAGUA